CUUGUACGGAUACCGAAUACUGACUGUGUCGUGUAAAACACGGGGUCCGCUUAUUUAGUGUAAUCACCUGCCAACUGUACUGGUCAGUAAGCCUGCUGUAUGGCCAUGGAAUAAUUACUCGUAUGUUGAAACAUAUUUACCUAAAGAAUUUCACCUACGAGGAUCUGUGACACCAGGAAUGACUCCCGUAAGUCCAGAUUACGAUUACAUGUAGUACAGGAAAGUAUCAGCUGCACGUGGUGUGAUUAGUGGGUCCUUCUAUGAAAGCGUUCAUUGUACUGGCAUACGAAGCCACCGACACGGUCUGGAAGGCAACUACAGAUUACGUAGAAGCAAGGAGAAUGCCGUCCAUAUUAAGCUGCUUCUGUGUGCAACAUCGACACACUAUCAUAACACGGAAGAGGAACAGCCGUAAGAAAAUAUUGACCAGGAAGUCCGACUGGAGCGACGUGAGCAGCGAUCACAGCUCCGACUCGACACCCAGGGAACAUAAGGAGGAAGCUGAGAUGGUGGCCCGAUUGUUGGACAAUCACAACCUGCCCCGACGCCGGCACGUAGGUGACAUAUUCCGUGAGGAACCUCCCGCCACGACAAAGGUGCCCUUCUUACAACACAGUGCCUUCAACAACAGUGCUGAGGACCGUAUGUCCGGUUAUGUUCCAAAAGCUGUGGGUGAGAUGUCAGCCUCCACGGCCUUGACCGGUGCCAAGUUCGAUGACUUCUUUUCUGACUGUCGCCUAUAUCCAGCAUUAAACAAGUUCGCCAAAUCCACAGACUUGAGUGACCAAUCUGCCAGUUCAUAUCCGUUAGACAGAAAUGAACACACGUCAUCAGCUGUCACAAUUGGCACUGCGAACGUGUACACUAUCACACCUACACACGCACAGAUCGCAACUGGCAGAGAGGACGGACGGUUUGAUGACUUCAUUAGAAGCAGCAUGCCACCGGGGUCUCCAGUUCCGUCUGUGACCGAGAUCGGCCUCAACCCGGAUAACUCACAGCAAUCCGAUGUGCUAGAAAACGCAAGCCCAGCUAGAUAUAUGGGUUCUUAUGCAAAAGAUCUUGAGAAGAUAUUCGAGUGUGACGGUGAUAUUCUGUACUAAUGCUUCUCUACAUGUCAGUUGCUUAUAGUGAGGUGUAUGGAAACCUAAUGUUCGUCAACGUAAUCCAUCUCGAUUUGAACUCUUCUUUAAGGUGAAACUGAUUUGGCGAACGUCCACAAUACGACAUCAUGAAUUGCAGCACGCAUCUAGUCAGUUCGGCGUCGAGAUGUGACAGCACAUUGUCUUCAAGAUACUAACACAAUCACUGACAUAAAUUUAUAUGAAAUAUGUAUUAUUGAAAGACGGUUUCCGGUGAUGUAAAACUUCAGCAGCAGUAGAUUGUGUCCUUCUAAGUGUAUUAGAAUACGCUUCCCAAGUGACAUGAAAUCAACAAGAUUUGCUGCAGGUAUUAAAUGAAUGCAGCUUUCCGCAUUUUAGGGGAACAUUGUCACUUUAUUGUGUAAUUUUCGUCCGCUUAGACAUAUUUCACAUGCGUGCGUCAAUUUGAAUAAGCAAUAUGAUGUUACAUAUUA